AUGAUAUAUGCACCUAUUGUGAAUGAUUCUUUUGCUUAUUAUCGAAAAUUGUUUGAAAGAGAACCUUUGAUGAUUGAUAAAUUAGUUGCAACUCUCGAACCAUUGCCACUAUGCAAGUGGCUCGAUCAUCCAGAUUAUCAGCAGAUGGUGAAUAUAAUUCAGGAUUUUAUGACUAAGAAAUGUUAUGAUGAAGCUUCUUGCUAUCUUCUGCGAACUCUGCCGCGAAUUUGCAAAAAGGGAUGUGAACCUUCAGCAUGGUAUUUCGAUUUACUUAAUGCUUGUCUCCACGAUCCUGCAAAUCGCUCAGCUCCAGAAUUCAUUGAUCCAGCCUAUAGAAUUUAUCUUGAUACUUUCCACUCACAAUUUCAUCUUGCUAGAAAAUUGCAUGAGAAAUCUGAGGUGAUACAUUCUGAAUUACCAGCAACAGUUGAUGAAAAUGAUGCAAUAGAAAUUCGUGCUUUCCGAUCUCAAGAGGAUUACAAAAAAAUCCCGCAUCCUGAACCUAUUGAAUUACGACCUUAUCAGCUAGAAUUGACUGAUGCCGCAUGUAAAGGGAUCAACACGAUCAUUUGUGCUCCUACUGGUUCAGGAAAAACUAUUGUGACUGCAUAUAUUAUUUCACAGCAUUUUCGAAACAUAAAAGCUGAAAAUAAAACUGCUAGAGUAGCAAUGGUAGUACCUUCUGUGCCACUUGUAGAGCAGCAAACCACUAUGCUGAACAGAUUUUUCCGAAGAAACUUUUGGCUUGAAGGAAAGAGUGGUGCUGAGUCAAUUGAUAUUUAUGGUCGUGCACCAUAUAUAUUAGCUAGUCAUAUUUGCGUUUUCACGCCUCAAGUUUUCAUAAAUUUGUUGAAAAGUAUACGAAAAGAUGAUCGUCUUUAUUUCACGGAUUUUACUCUUUUAAUUUUUGAUGAAUGUCAUCAUUGCGAUGGCGAUCAUCCAUAUAAUGUUGUUUUAACGAUUGAUUUUGUUUAUGAUGUGAAAAUUUUAGUGCUAAUGCGAAUGUUGCAUGGUUUUGAUGGUCCUAAACCUCAGAUUGUUGGGUUAACAGCCUCGUUACCUGUUGGUUCUGGCCGAUUUAAUGUUGAGGCAGCUGUUGAUCGCAUGUUGGAACUUUGUGCGAAUUUAUCAGCUCAUUCGAUAACCACAGUUCGAAAACAUUUUCAGAAUCUGCAAGAAUUUGUUAUUCCACCGAUUGACCAAAUCAAAAGCGUUUAUCGCCCUCAGUUCGAUCCAUUUGCGUCUUCAAUACAGCUAUGUAUGACACUGAUUGAACGUUUAUUAAAGCCAUUACUUCAAGAAGUACGAGACAAAAAGCAACUUGAAUUGCGCCUGGAUGAGAUUAACUUUCCAUCAAAUCAGUUUUCAAUUCGAUAUGAAAGUUUUCUUGGUCAUCUUAAAACUCGUCUUGUCGAAAUGCGUGCCGAUUCGUCGAAAUAUAAUUUGAUGAAAAUGUUAGAAUAUUUGAUGUAUUAUUAUCGUGCUUCGAAUUUAAGUGAUGUUCUACCCAAUCGUUAUGCCUAUAAUUAUCUUAAAAAACGUAUUGAUGGUGAAACCGAUGAAAAGGUUUAUAGUCUGACACCAGUGCAAAAACAUUUGCGUUAUUUGUUUCAAAGCAAGUUUUAUUCUCACUUGAUAUUCUUCAAAAAACACGUAAUUAAUCCGAAUACCUCAAGUGAAUUUAGUGGUGAAGACAAAGAGAUAUUGCAAGUUUUACGUGAAAUAUUGCGGAAACAGUUGGUUGAUAUGCCUAUGUCACGAAUAAUUAUUUUUGUAACUACUCGUUUAAUCUGUGAAAAACUCUCUCAUUAUUUGAAUAUAAAAGGAAUUAUAGAUCAAAAUGAUAUUGCUGUUGCAUAUGUGACGAGUAGUAAUCGGAAUUCUACUAUUAGAGGUCAGACGGUCGAAGAACAACGAAAUAUACUUGAUAGAUUCAAUUCGGGUCUUUUAAAGGUGCUGGUGGCGACUGCAGUGGCUGAAGAAGGUCUCGACAUAUCAGCAUGUAAUCUUAUAAUAAAAUAUAAUAAUACAGGCUCUGAAAGAUCUCUUAUUCAAAGAAGAGGCCGAGCUCGUGCUAAAGGUAGUAAAUCAAUAUUAUUAGUUCUUGAUGGUUCAAUCGAAGAGAAAGAGUUGGAGAACAUUCAAAAGGAAGAAUUGAUGCGUCGUUGCCUAAUGCAUAUACAAAUUAAAUCAGAAAUUGAAAUGAAAAAUUUGGUGGAAUCCAAGGUUAAAGAAAUGAAUUUGACGAAGCAUCUAAUGUUAUUGCAAGAGAAUGAACGAAAAAAAAUGUUUGCAAAUAAAAGGUAUGACCUGUUAUGUCAAAUGUGCGGUGCUUUUAUAUGUAGAAGUACUGAUAUACGCGUUAUUUUAGAAAAUCAGUAUGUUUGCUGUGAUCCCACUAUUUGGGAACGAAUUGAAAUGUGCAGAAAUUUUGACGGAAAGUCAUUCGCAAUCACUACUACUGUUGGACGAGUAUUUUGUAAAGGAAAAGAAAAAUUGCAUUGUAACGAAGUGCUGGGUUACAUUGUUAAUUUUUGUGGAGCAUUUUUACCCGCAAUAGCAGCAAAGGCAAUUGUCAUGGAUGAAAAAGACAGUGACCUAGUAAAACAAACGAAAAAAUGGGAUACAAUAAGAAAAGAAAAGUUUUUUAUUGAAGCAAUUACAGAAAAAGAUUUGAAGGAAAUGUUUAUUUCUCUAUUCAAUUUCUCAAAGGAAAAACAUGACACUUUUCAAACCGAAUCUUAUCUAGUAGUACGGCGUGCAUUAGCUGAAAUGAAGAAGGAAAGAAAGCGUCGAAUCCCACUUGAAGAAUAA